CCUGAUCAGCCCUAGAAAAGCAUAUGUAGAAGAGUCUCAGGCUGAGGGUGCCAGGAAGUGACCUCACUUCCUUAAUUCUCCAGAUGGAACUUGGAAUCCUGGUUACUAGGUAACUGGAGGCUGGCAGCAGCCUCAACUGACUCACUUCUCUGGAGGUGCUUGAACAUUCAGGAUGUUCUGCUGUUUCCAGACUUCUGAUGAUGGUUCAGGGCACCAAAGAGCCAAGAGUCGUGGUCUUAGCCACCUUUGGAGACGUUGGGUGCGCCCAAUUACCCAACAUCUAUGGCCAUUUUUCCACAGGCAAACCAAGGUAACCCAGGCCAGCCUGUAUCCUCAGAAUAAAAGGAAGCUUCACAAGCUCCCCAGGUUCAAUCCUCAUAGCCCAGACUACCUGGAAAAAUUCUUAUCUUAUAUACCAACUGCAAUUAAGAAGCAGGACUUCAUUGACAUGUAUAUAUUUUUGGCUGUCUACCCAAAGUUUGCCACCACCUGGGAGGUGCUGGACCUGAUAAUGGAAAUGUAUGGAUCUUUCCGGCCUGACUGUGUGGAGGAUCAGGAAUCAAAGAGAGCCAUAUUCAGCUUUCUGUCCAUGUGGCUCCAAAAACACCCCCAGGAUUUCUGUGAUUAUCCCGAUAUGGCCACAGUGAAGCGGCUGGGGGACUACAUAAGCCGGAAUGUGCCUUCCUCAGAUGUCACUAUCCAAACUGAGGAGCUCCUAUCAGUGCUGGAGGAGCAGGAAUCCAUAAAGGAUGAGGCAGUCUCUGAUUGUGGGCUCUUCAUGGAAUCAGUUCCAGAAGUUCCAAUGCUGGAUGUCUCAGGGAUGGGAGAGACUCUGUCUCUGAGAGCAGCUUUGGUGGCAGUGCCACAGGGAGAUCUGAAAGCAGCUUCUGUGGCAGGGCCACAGGGAGAUCUGAAACCACAAGAGGAAACUGAACUCAUGGACCUGGAAGAUGAGAAACUAGCUGUGCCAGAAGUUGAACCAGUGCAGGUUCUGCCUUCAGACAAGCUUCUGUCUUCAGUGCAGCCUCUGCCCACAUCAGCUGAUACACAGCCACCUCUAGAUGUGGCUGCCUAUGUUCCAGCUGUUGAGCAGAUGGUUGUACUUGGUGUUGUGCAGUUAGGUGACCAAGAACCCUUUUUCCCUCUGCCUGAAGUUGACAUAUAGUUGGGUAGUAGAGUUCCCUGCUGAGUUCUGUCUCAAAUCAGCUCCACUUCCCCUCUUUAGAGAAAACAUCCCCUUUAAGUUCGUUUAAUUCUUUUUAUUGUUGU